UUGUGCUAUAUAAGCGCUAUAUUUUACUAGCAAGUAUACAGACUAUAAGAUACAAGCUUUAGUUUCAAUAAGCAUAAAAAGAUGCGAGUGUCAUAUCUAUCAUUGACUUUUACCAUAAUCUUUGUUAUGGCGAUCUUGUACGCACCUAUAGCAGAAGCAAAGUCCACUUCUGAAGCUGAUGCAAAACCAUAUUUAAGUUUAGUCCAUGAUAUGGUAGUAAAACCCAUGGGAUUAGAUAUAAAUUCCUUAUUGGGACUAAAUAAAUGGGAAUAAAUAAAUGUAUUAUCAUUGGAAUAAAAUUCAGAUGAAAUUUACAAUAAAAAAAACUGGGAAAAAGGUUGCACUAGAAAUAUGAGACUAUACAAAGGAUGCACAUAAACGAUACCAUUUUUCUUUUUAAGUAAAAAUAUAAAUUAUAUUUGUAUAUCUCUGUUAUAUUUUUUUAUAAUUACGCGAUGGAAAAUAAACAACAAUUUACA